AUGGAAUUUGAUUUAGAAUUGUCUGUGAAUGAGGAAUCAUCAUCAUCUUCAUCUGUAUCAACAACUAUUGAAUUCAAGACAAGAAGACAAGGAAGAAGAUCAAGAAAUUCAGAUAGGUUUUCAUGGAUUCCAUCAAAAUCAUCAUCAGCUUCAACAAAAUCGAGAAAUCCCACCUCCCGACAACCGUGUUCUCCACGGAGGAUUAGGUGGUCCGGCAAGGCAGCCGCCGCGGCCACAGAAGAAACGCCCUUAUUUACCUUCUUCUGUGGACCAACUGACCCAAGAAGGAGAAGAAUAUGCACCGAGGCUGCCGGAAAAAAUGGGAGAAAGUUAUCAGUAUCACAACCAACAACUCCAACAGCAGCAGCAGCAGCAGCAGCAGCAACAGCAAGCAAGUGGGUCGUCGAGAUUGGGAUUGAGGGGGCGCAGGUGGCGGAGGCGGUGGCGAGAUUGUGGAAGUUCAGGGCGGUCACAUUGUACGCUCCACUGGCCGGAAAGACCGACACAGCAAGGUGUGCACAGCGAAAGGACCAAGGGACCGCCGUGUUCGUCUCUCGGCUCACACCGCCAUCCAAUUCUACGACGUCCAAGACCGCCUUGGUUACGACCGCCCAAGCAAAGCCGUCGAUUGGCUUAUUAAAAAAGCCAAGGCUGCCAUUGAUGAACUCGCGGAGCUUCCGGCAUGGAAGCCCACUGCCACUACGGCGACGACAACCCCAAAUUCAAACCUCGAUUGCAGAUUUUGAGCAAAACCCAGAUCAACAAAACUCAAAUCAUCAUCAACUAAGUCAUUUUGAGCAACACCCAGAUGAUAGUAUUGUUGAUAAUCAAAUGGGAAAUAAUACUUCUUCAGAUCCGAUUCUCCAGAACCACCACCAUCACCACCAACAAAACGAACAGGGAGGCGGAGACGCUGUUUCCGCCGGAUUUGUCUUCAGUUCGCAGCCGUCGCCGUCGACGCCUUUUCUGCAACCGUUGUUCGGUCAAACAACAAACAAUCAGUUAUUCAACAACAAUUCUCAGAGGGGACCCCUUCAGUCCAGUAACGCACCUUCGUUUCGUGCAUGGAUCGACCCGCCGCCACCGUUCACCGGUGUGGAUUUUCCGGGUUUCGUAUUCCAGCACGAAUUCAAGGUGAAGAGGAGGAACACGACGGCAUCUCCGAUAAGCCGUCCUCUGCAUCCUCCGAUUCUCGCCAUUGAUUCACCUUCAUCCUCCAUAAUCCUCUCAAACAGGAAAAAUUACGUCAAUCGCUGUACUUCAAAGCAAAGAGAGGAGGGGAGAAAGCUUCAAUGGCUGCUACACAGUGAGUAGAAGAAACCGAAUCCAUUCACAGGUUCUUCAGUCAUCACUGGUGUUUUUAAGAUUUAGCUUUCAUGUUUGAAUCGAGCUCUUUGUUUAGCUCUAAACCCUGUUUUAAAUUAUCUGGAUUUAAUGUUUUUAGACCAUGUAUGUGACUGUGCCAGUUGCCUUCUUUUGCUAUAUAAUUAUCAAAAAUACUCUGCUAAAAACGGAGCAAGUGAUUUGUUUUGGUUAUAAUUUCACUGUUCCUCACCCAACUUUAGUAAAACAAGAAUCUUUUCAAUAUCAACCAAAUCAACACAUUCUUUGUGUGUGUGAUUGAUUGAAAUUUGAAAGGCCAUGAGAUGAGAGGAGCAAAUGGGAUGUUUCCCUUUGUUUAGAAAAUUGUCAAUUUUUGAAUAAUGUGGGGUUUGAAAG